AUGUGUGGAAUUAUCGCUCUGAUCCUGGCGAACCCCUCCGCCGCCGCCGCAGUCGACCUCCACGAGGCCCUGUAUCUCCUCCAACAUCGUGGUCAAGAUGCUGCGGGUAUCGCGACCUGUGCGUCCGGUGGCCGAAUCUACCAGCUGAAGGCGAACGGUAUGGCUGCUAAGGUUUUCCAUGAUGGUGCCAAGAUUGCCAACCUCCCUGGCUCUAUGGGUAUUGCCCACCUGCGAUACCCUACUGCUGGUAGCAGCGCCAAUGCUGAGGCCCAACCUUUCUACGUUAACAGCCCCUACGGCAUUUGCUUUGCGCACAACGGAAACUUGAUCAAUGCUCCCGCACUGAAGAAGCACUUGGAUCUGGAGGCCCACCGUCACAUCAACACUGAUAGUGACAGUGAGCUUAUGCUCAACAUCUUCGCUGAUGAGCUGAGUGAGACCAAGAAGGCUCGUGUGAACAAGGAGGAUCUCUUUGCUAGUUUGACCCGCAUGUAUGAGCGCUGCGAGGGUGGCUGGGCCUGCGCUGCUAUGCUUGCUGGUUUUGGUCUCAUCGGUUUCCGUGACUCAUACGGUAUUCGCCCCUUGGUUCUUGGCUCUCGUCAAUCCCUGGAUGGCGAAGGUACCGAUUACAUGAUGGCCUCUGAGUCGGUCGCUCUGGACCAGCUUGGCUUCAGCAACCACCGUGAUAUCCAGCCUGGUGAGGCUGUCAUUCUUGAGAAGGGUUGUGAGCCGGUCUUCCGCCAAGUCGCCCCUAAGCGCGGCUACGCCCCGGAUAUUUUCGAGUACGUCUACUUUGCUCGCCCAGACUCUGUGAUGGAUGGUAUCAGUGUAUACCGCAGUCGUCAGCGUAUGGGUGACCGUCUGGGUGCCCGUGUUCUGAAGGUUCUGGGUGCCGACGUUGUCAAGGAUAUUGACGUCGUCAUUCCCAUUCCUGAGACUUCUACUACAUCCGCCAGUCACGUUGCUCAAUACCUGAAUAAGCCUUACUGCCAUGGGUUCGUGAAGAACCGCUACGUCUUCCGCACGUUCAUCAUGCCUGAGCAGAAGACCCGUCAAAAGGGUGUCCGUCGUAAGCUCAAUGCCAUGAAGGCUGAGUUCAAGGACCGCAAUGUCCUCCUUGUGGAUGACAGCAUUGUCCGCGGUACCACCAGUCGCGAGAUCGUCAACAUGGCUCGUGAAGCUGGUGCCAAGAAGGUCUACUUGGCCAGCUGUGCUCCUGAGAUCACCCACCCCCACAUCUACGGUAUUGAUCUGGCUUCACCCCAGGAGUUGGUUGCCCACAACCGUGAUAGCGAUGCCAUCGCCCGCCACAUCGGUGCCGAGAGCGUCGUGUUCCAGACCCUGGAAGAUCUCAAGGGUGCCUGUGCCGAGGUUGCCAUUGAGAAUGGCCAGACAGAACCCGUGAACUUCGAGGUCGGUGUGUUCUGCGGUAGCUACGUCACUCCCGUGAGUGAUGGCUACUUCGAGCACCUGGAGGAGGUCCGUGGUGAAGGCCGCAAGAACAAGGCUUUGGAGAAGGCCAAGGAGGCUGUUGCUCACGGCUUUGCCAGCACCACUGACUACCAGAUUGCUGCUAAGGGCGUUGCAGUGGAUACCAAUGGCAAGAUCAUCCCUGCAGGUGAUGAAGACCAACCUGCCCCCCGGUCCUCCCAUCAGGAGGAUCGGAACCCGAAGGUGGAUGACCGCAUGGACAUCAGCAUCCACAAUCAGGCCGACCACCCAUGA